GAAAAAAGCUCUCAAGGUACUCGCUUGCACUUCUUCAAUUCGCAGCUUACGGUUCUCAGGAUCAUUCCACAAGGUUGAGCCAAGUAAUCAUUGCGGCAUUUUCGGGCCAUAUUGUCAAUCCAAAAAGCUCAGUACAGCAUUCAGAGUUAUGUUUUGGCAAUGAAAUUGUCAGAUCAGUGGAAAAAGAUAGAGUCGGAAGUCAAAUUAUAAAAGGGAUAUCUCUGCUCAUUUUUCCAGUUAGAGAUACACAGAAGUUCGCACAAAUACAGCAUUCAUCAUGGCACUCUUUGUCAAAAUCAUGAUGAUCUCGGUGGCUACUACAGCAGCUUUGCCGGCUCUAGGCUCUGGAAACUUCUCAAGGCCAUUUGAGAGGACCGAUGUUACCCCUUGGAACGCAGGUGGAACGGCACAGUUCCAAAUUCAUGCUAGUUGCAAUGCAACACAGCGUCGCCAAAUUGAACUAGGGUUGGCUGAAGCUGUCGACCUUGCAGCUCAUGCUAGAGAUCACAUUUUGCGCUGGAGAAAUGAGAGUGAGAUUUACAGAAAAUACUUUGGCAAUAGCCCCUCGUUGGAAGCUAUUGGAGCUUUUGAAGUGGUCGUCAGUGGUGAUAAAAAUGAUGUUCUAUUCCGCUGUGAUAACCCCGAUGGAAACUGUGAUCUUGAAGGUUAUGCUGGGCAUUGGCGAGGCGAAAAUGGUACAAAAGAGACCGUAAUCUGCGACCUGAGCUACGAAACUCGCCGUUCUCUCUCAACAAUGUGCGGAAUGGGCUACACAGUCUCAGGAUCGGAGACCAAUACUUUUUGGGCCUCUGAUCUACUGCACCGAUUGUAUCAUGUUCCUGCCAUCGGUCAGAACUGGAUCGAGCAUUUUGCAGAUGGAUUUGAAGAGGUUAUCGAUCUCGCAGUCGAGAAUGCAACUCUGUCGACACAUGAUUCGGAAACUCUCCAAUACUUCGCCUUAGAAGUUUAUGCGUACGAUAUCUCAGUCCCAGGUAUUGGCUGCCCGGGAGAGCUGCAUGAGCACAAGCACGAAGAGGGUGAAUCGGACGCCGCAAAUUCCGGUGAAAGCCAGCCCACGGCCACAACAUCGACGAACGAAGCUGCUUCUACUACAGCUGAUGUACCCACUAACUGCCAUACCCACGAAGGAGGCGCGCUCCACUGUACCUGAGAACACGAAUGCUUCGAGAUUAAGACUUAAAGGGCGCAGCAGGUAUAGAAAGGUAAGAUGACUGGAACUUGGGCUCGGUCGUGAUGAAUCUACACUGUAGUCCACAGUUUGUGAUUUUUGAUUUCCCAUCCCAUUCCAAGCCAAGAGCAAGACUUAUCAGUUUCGAUGCGGGGUCCAAAAAAUUAGUCUAUGUAUAAGUGUGACCAUGACGGAUGGGCUCUAUGUUGCUGCCCGGUUCGGACUUCAUAUCUUAAGCACCAAGGCAUUAAGAUUAAUAUUGCAUGCAACGUUGCUCUUUCCCUGUUCUCUCUCCUCGCUACUUUAUCAGAUCCGUUCUGCUUAGUUUCUCUUGUAAUUAUUGAGCUGCACGAAUUAGUAUAAAAUCGGCGAAUAUGAAACUUGCACCAAUUGCAUUAGAG